AUGUCUGAUUUGCCACCCCCACCUCGCAUCGUGGCAAGUAUAAAUGAAGGGGGCCUUUCUAGAGGCACUGCGUCGGUCCCAGCUUCGCCAAGUCAGCGCUCCAACAGCCUGAAAACACCCACGCAAUCGCCUUCGAUUGCCUCCAAAGCCUCGUCAAUUAAAUCCGAUAAUACCCCACGCCAGAGAAAUUUCCAAAACUCUGUACCCCAGAAACACAUUCCAGUAUUUGACUCACCAUCGAAAGGGCUGAGUAGAUUGCGUCCGUCUCUAGGUCGAUCGCCUUUGCCAAAUCCGAAAGCGCCGUCGAAAUGCCCUUUAUUCGGUGCAUUUUACGCUGAGUUUGACAACAAUGUUGGGCCGAAAGUAUGCUACGAAAGCCCGACUGGUUUUAUGGAUCAAGACAUCAAUGCACCACUCGAAGCAAUUCAUGAUAUGCUAGCGAAAACGUUCGCGAGACUUGAACCAAAGAUGGGCUUCAAAGAAACUUCAUCCUCAACAAAAGACGCAUUACACACUUCGUCUAAAAAAAAGGAGGCAGUCUGGGCGAAGCGAGCAAGCGCCCGCGGAAGUGGACGACAACAAGAUCCAAUCCAGUCAGAUGAGGCCACCACUGCAGACCAUUCAGUAUCAAUCUUUGAUAGCUGCAGCGAUUUUAUCAUUACCGGAAGCGAGCUCACAGGAAAAAUUAUAAAUCUUUCUACGCAUCGUAUUCAUUUACUGACGAGACCAACUGUUAUCAGUGAUGAGAGAUACGAAAGGAACUCUCUACUCUUUUGUGUCGGUUUCGUGCUACGGCGAACAGAGGAUCCUCGACCCUUUCGUCCUGUGCUCUCAAAGCUGGCUCUUACGCUACGAGAUAUGGAACGGGAGACUCAGUUUCUUUCGAAGAAAGUAACACGUCCACAGCUGCAAGAUCUUCUUGAAAAUAUUCUUGUAUCGCUGAACAGUUCGGACUGGGAAUGUAAUGUCGUACUCAACCAAGGUAACUUCCUGAAUCUUAAAUUAUUUCACCCUCCCAAAUUACCUGUCCCUCCGGUUCCAGAGUUUGCCGUUCCAGUCCUGCUACGCCGAGACUGGCAAUUACAAUCGUACGACUGGGAUUUGGCGAUCAAUUGGGUAUCGCUGCAUAUUGAUGGCACAACGAAUGCCAGGCAGAUUGCCAAAAGGGCCGAGGUAGAUAUGGAGAUGGUUCAGGCAUGUUUGAGAGUAUUGAAGCACCAUGGUGUUAUUGCUCUCGUCGACAUGUUCUUUUAUUCGAAUCGAUAUGAAGCGACGAGCAAAGCUACGACAUCGCUCACCGGGGUCACUUCAGAGCUCUUAUCCCAGGCCACAGCCUUUGCAUUGAAGAAAUCCAACUUCGCAGCCCAUGAUAAUAGCCCUUCUACGCGAUCGCGUGAAAAUUCGUUGACGGAUCGACCGGAAAAGAUUAUGGACAAUGUUGAGACCCAUGCAUCAUCGUACCCAUCGGAACAAAAUGAGAUUGCGUUUGGAGGCUAUCGACUAGCGGCCUCCGUUACUUCAAACAACUCGUACGAGAUGGCCUCCUAUCAUUCUUCGCAUUCGCGCGAAGAGUACAACGACGUGAAAUUAGCGGUUGCUGAGCUCUAUUGCGCAUGCGGUCGCAGUAGGAGUCUCGGCGAAUUGUGGAUUCGUCUGAUCUCUGGUGAAUCUCGCUUGGGUCAGCUUCAGCCUCAUUUUUGGAGGAGGAUGUUCCACUUGAUAGACCAUCGCCGAUUUGCAUGCUUCGGUGUCGCACAUGGCUUGUUAAAACGCGUCCAUAAUUUCCCCUUGAUUGUGGACGCCCGUGGCCGGGAAGUUCUCACAUCAAAUAGGCAUUUGUCAGGGGACGAGACGCUAAGACACUCACGAAGCGCACUUGAUCUUAAAAAAGAACGUUUGGAAAUUGAGAGGAUGAUAGAUGGAAAGCACUGUGACGAUGAUCUAGCCUGCGAAUUUGAAAGAUCGAUCGACGAUAUUUUUGAGUUGUUAGGAAGCGAACGCAUCGUGUCGGUUUAUGCAACUGCUUUUUAA